CAGCGCCGCACACCGACGAUGCAAAGACCUCCACAGGCAGGCAGGGCGGAAGAAGCCUAGAUGGUGAAUCCUCUUUGCAAACCAAAUAAGUGAACUAUACGCAAGGGUCCUUGAAGAGGGACACGGCAGCCACUUGUAGAUAAUUUGCUUCAUCAGCGGACACUUAUGUUGUCUUCAUGAUCGAUCAUGAAAUGCGUUUUCAGAGACAUGCAGGGAGUAUUCAAGCCAGGAGAAGGUGCUCAGAUGAAACUUUACUGAAAAUAGAUGAAGCGUUACUCACAGUCCGUAAUCAGAUGUCCUACGGGCUUCAAGUUCUCUACACCUCAGAUUACUGCUAUAAGUGUCUUUACCAACCUUUGGCUAGCAUGGAAGUUGGACCAGGAAAUGUGUCUGUGGUGCUGAGCACACCUUUCACUCUAACUCUGAAAGCCUCACCUGUGAAUGCCACUAACACUUUGUGCAGCUUAAGCUAUCUAUUUGAAGAGGCAGGACAUUAUUCUCUUUGGGUCACACCUGGAGAUGCACUUAAUGUAACCUGCUAUAUUUCUCUGGAUAAGUUUCCACAUAGCAUCUACCAACCUUUGUGGGUAGCUGCUCUUGUUCUAGUCCUUUUGGCUUUAAUUUGGGCCUCUAUCCCUUUUCUGUCCAGAUGUAGCUGCACAUUAAGGCUCAAAAAUCUUAUUUGCUGCUGUGGGGCUAAAUACUCCAUGGAAAUGGAAGAGGCUACAAAUCAAGCCAGCAUGGACCAAAGCCAACCAAAAUCAUCCCGUUUAAAAUCAUUAGACACAUUUCGAGGCUUCUCUAUAACCCUCAUGGUGUUUGUGAACUACGGAGGUGGAAGAUACUGGUUCUUUCAACAUGCGCCAUGGAAUGGCCUUACCAUAGCUGAUCUUGUGAUGCCCUGGUUUGUAUUCAUCAUAGGGACAUCUGUAAUGUUGGCAUUUAGCUCCAUGCGAAGGAAAGGUGUGACAAGACUCCAACUUUUGCGCAAGCUGAGCUGGAGAACAGUGGUGCUGAUACUCAUUGGGUUCUGCUUCAUUAACUACAGCCCCAGAGAUGGUUUAUUGUCCUUGUCCUGGCUUCGGAUACCUGGAGUGCUUCAGCGUCUGGCUUUCACGUACUUCACCCUGUCACUGAUGCAGAUGUUCUCACCCCACCGAGAGAUCCCACCAAGUCAGCAGGUCCACUGGUGGAGCCCUGUUCAGGAUGUGGUGCUCUACUGGCCUGAGUGGAUUUUCAUUUUGCUGCUGGAGACAGUGUGGCUGUGUGUCACCUUCCUGCUGCCUGUGCCCAACUGCCCCACUGGGUAUUUAGGAGCUGGAGGUAUAGGAGAUAAUGGUCUAUACCCAAACUGCACAGGAGGAGCUGCUGCAUAUAUAGAUAGAUGGUUAUUAGGACACAAUAUCUACUGGCAUCCAACAUGCAAGACCAUGUAUCACACAACUCAGCCUUUUGACCCAGAAGGAGUCCUAGGUACCAUUAAUUCUAUUGUCAUGGGAUUCAUUGGGAUGCAAGCUGGAAAGAUUUUCCUCUUCUACCGCAAACUGAACAAAAAGAUCAUCAUACGAUUCACAUUCUGGGCUGUCAUCCUGGGAAUUUUGGCGGCCAUCCUUUCUAAGUGCACACGAGACUCUGGAUUUAUACCUGUCAAUAAAAACCUGUGGUCUCUGUCCUAUGUGGCCUGCAUGGGCUCCAUGUCCUUUGUGUUGCUGGGUAUGAUGUAUUUUGUUGUGGACAUCAAUGGAUGGUGGGGUGGCCAACCUUUCAUAUAUCCUGGAAUGAACUCCAUCUUGGUAUAUGUGGGCCAUUCUCUGCUGGGAUUUUACUUUCCUUUCAGCUGGGAGAUGCGCUACCAGGACAGUCACUGGGAGCCACUUUUCCAGAGCCUUUGGGGAACUGCACUCUGGAUCUUUAUCAGUUAUCUUCUCUACCGCAAACAAUUUUUCCUCAAAAUCUAAGUCUGUCUUUUGUUUGACUGUGAAUAGCGAGCAUUUAAAUUGGGUAGAUGACCCAACUUAUGAAUACUGUCUUUUUUUAAUUUAAAUGAAUGCUUCUAUAUUUGGAUUGAUGUAUUAGUUUAAUCCACAAAACUGAAUGUAGUAUAUUCCCGAACUCAUUUAGUAAAUAGGUAUCUGUCCUGAAACCUGCCUGUCUGAUUUACUAUCUUCUGCAGACACCUGGGAUUUUUUAUUUGUUGUCAGUUGCAUAAGACUCUGAAUGUAGUGAUUAAAUCAGCGGGGCUGAAGUAGUACUUAACAAAUUAGAAUAAGUGAUUCUGCCACUUCGGGGGUGACCAUUUUGAAGCGGUUGCCAUAGUCACCCCCCUUCAGGGCUGUAAGACAGAGCGUGAGUACCAUCUGCUCUUCAGCUGACAGUCUUUUAAUAGGGGUCAAGCUGGACUGCUUACCAAGGAGUAGCUCUAAUAAGGGCAACACUUUUCAAACUCACUAAUGCAAAAUCAGGGAAAUUACACGGCGGUUUUUAAGGUGUGUUCAUAAGUGGACUUUCAUCAAAUUCAGUACAAGGCAAAGUAUAAGCUUCAUUUAUUAACUCUGAUAAAAGAAAUUUGAAUAAUAGAUGUUUAACAGCAUCUCCAAACUCUCUCCCUGCUGUGAGUGGUCAUCAAGGGAGCGUUAGUCAGAAUGGAAAGAUUUAAUUUCUCUGCAUGAGAGUUCUCAGAAGCAGAUUUACAUGGAACACUCUCAGAAGUCUUCUCAUUAACAAAAUGCAUUAUGUCUGGUCUCAUGAAAAGAAAAGAGGAAGUUACUGAACAGACAUUACAUGAUUGGACUGAAGACUACCCAGGGCCUAUUUUUUAUUUAUUUUUAUUUUUUUAAACAUAUCUACAGUAAGUUUAUUCUGAAAAGUUUAUUCCUUUGAAUUAGCUUUCACUACUGUGCUGAAAAUUCAAUCAAAAAAUUUCUUCUCUGUCAGUUUAGGAGAAAGCUUUUCAUUUGGGGCUGAUCAAAUUAUCUAUAGUAGGCCCAAAAUGGAAAUUGAUUAAAUAAUAUGGGAAAUAGACUAAUAAGCACUGAUAUACUACAGAUCAUGACAGGAAUGUAUUUUUCAUUAUGUGUAAUUUUAGCUAUUUAGUAUUAUAGCUAAAUUUAGAGUCAUAUGUUGUAUUGUGCAUUAGGCAUUAUGUGUUUAAAAACUUAAUUGUCUUGUUUGUUAAGAUUAGAAAAUAAAUGGAACAUUAAACCAGAUAUACUAGCAUUAAUGUUUAGGCAUAUUCAAACAUACUAUCAAUAGUUAUGUACGUAGUUUUCGUCCUGGGAAAGGUGUCCAGGUAAUAUUUACCACCUCGCAGUUAUCUGGUGAUAUAUCCUAGACACCUUUUUGCAUGCAUACAAGCAAGUGAUGCCCAGGUAAAAGCAGUGCAGGCUUCCUGGAACCACAUGCCUUUAAGUGAUGCUGAUGAGGAGCAGAAACUCCUUGUAGAGUGGUGUGUUGGGUGCUCAACCUGCCACUAGGCCAUGGCAAUGACAUCCAACACCCAGUUGUCAAGUCGUUGUUUACAAAGGGGAACUCCCCAUGUCUUUUUUUUAAUGACAAAUGAAGAGAUAAUGUGACUGUUUGGAUCCCAGGUUUCUCCCUACGGUCAAGGCAACCCCCAAAUUACAUACUACUUACCAAGGCAUGCUGAUAUCCCACUCUUUUUCAAAAGGUGAUCACUAGCAAAAAAGACAGUUUCAGUUUCAUUUCAGUUCGCCAUUCUGCAUGGGCUCAUAAGGGGAAGUUGUAAGGAACUCCAACACAAUCAGGCUCUUUGGUGGGAGCAUGGCAGGCAGAGGCACCUUGCUACUUUCAGAAAGUUUGUAACAAGUUUAUGAACCCCCAGCGAGAUGCCACGCACAGUCCUGGAACACUGCAGUGGCCGCCACAUACAGCACACCUUUACGGGUUUGUACAUUAUACAGUAUGGCCAGUCGAAGGCUGUACUUCCUGUAUCGACUAACCCUCUGUCUCCUCCAGAGAGAACCACAAUUGACAAUUAGUUGAUUUUGCAUAUGCAAAUGAGUCCACCUGCAGUGAGGCUAACCAUGCAUUGGCCAACCUUUGGAGCUUUGUCUGGGUCUGAAUCUGACAGUCGGUAUGCUGUGUCAGUGCAGAGUAUGCCUGAACCAAAGGUUUCAUCCUUAAAACGGUUAAUGCAAACUUAUUGUUAAGAUGGCAAACUCAUCGUGGGUGCCUGUCUUUGGCGUUUACCCCAGGACUAUCACAGUUUUGGCUUUGGAUUCAGACAUUGGCUGUACAAGCGCAUGUCUUGCAGUAUGGCUCAUGAGUCAGCUCACCUACUUGCUAACUGAGUGCAACAACUGUUAAGGAUGUGAGGGCCCUCAAAUGUGCUAAAGUGGGUGACCAGGUGAUAUUCAUUGCCCCUGGUGUAUAGAAGGGGUGAAAUAGAAUCUUAUUUAAAUGAGCUCAUAUCACAGUAGAAACUCACUGUGGUCAUGUAUCAUGGGUCUUGCUUUGUGUGCUUGUCUUUAUUGAUUUUCUUUGACAAUAUGUCUCAAAAUACCAUGUCAUGUCUGCUGUAAAGUAAAUCGAUCUCUGUUAAUAUAGACCUUUUAGGUUUGGUUAUGUGCCCUUUUAAGUACUGCUAUGUAAACAAUGUCUUCCUAUGAGAAAUAUCUACAGUACAAUAAAUAUUUGCUACAACCAAAUGGAGCAUUUUCAACCUAUGCAUUAUAUUUAUGUGUAUUAUUAGUGUUUAUUAGCUGUGACUUGCUUAUCUUAAGUCUCUUUUGAGAGAAAGAAAGUUCAUUAGUUGGGCUAUCUGAAAUAAAUAAGUACAAGUAUAACUUUAAGUAUCCUUUUUUAUUAACUGGACCAAUGUCAACAUUAGAAACAUUACAACGCAGAUAAUAGCUGAGUUGCUGUCCUGAAUGUAUACCAGUGUAGUACCUCAUUCUUUUAAUUGCAUUGUUAUUUUGGGAAAGUGUUGUGAACAAUAAAAGACUCGGAUGUACCCCUUUUAAUCUCCAUGUAGUAUUCAGUAGACUUUUGGUAGUGCAGCAAUGACUGAGUAACUGUGGUGUGAUCAUGGACCGAUGGCAGACACAGAAGUAGAG